GCACUCACGCACGCACGCACGCACGCACGGACGCUCGCCCGAAAACCCAGAAGCCAGGAAGAAUCGAAGAAGAAGCCCGAGACAGAAUCGCACGAGAUGAUGGCGUGCAGGACCGCCCUCCGCUGCGCGCUCCUGACGGAGCCGUGGAAGCCUUCGCUCGCGACGCCCGCCUCCUUCUCCCUCUCCCUCUCCCUGGCGAGCGCCGCCUCGUCGCCCCCUCCGCCACCGCGCAGGCUGGGCUGCGGCCACAGGCCUCCCUGGGCUCCGGAUUCCCACGCCGCGAGGCGAGGCCGUGAGCUGAAUUGCUCCACCGGUAACGGUUCCUGGUCCCCGCCCGAGAACUCGGAGGAGUACGAUCAAGAAGAGCAAGGUCCGCCUCAGGAAGCCGUUCUCAAGGCCAUCUCAGAGGUUUCAAAGGCGGAAGGGAGAGUAGGGCAAACAACAAAUGUGGUUAUUGGCGGUACAGUAAGUGAUGAUUCGACCAACGAAUGGCUUGCUUUGGAUAAGAAGGUUAACACUUACCCGACAGUUAGAGGGUUUACUGCCAUUGGAACUGGUGGUGAUGAUUUUGUGCAAGCUAUGAUUGUUGCUGUUGAGUCUGUCAUCCAACAACCAAUUCCCAAGGGCCGUGUGAGGCAAAAGUCUUCAUCAAGGGGCAAAUAUGUGUCUGUAAAUAUAGGACCUAUUCAUGUUGUUUCAAGCGAGCAGGUUCAAGCAGUAUAUAAUGCAAUGAGAAGAGAUGAGCGGAUGAAGUACUUUUUGUAGUCUCCAAGUGUAUAGUGCUUUUAUGCUUUCAGGCUGAGUGUAGAUUUUUAAUCCUUGAUUUUCGUACCAAGUCUAUUUAAUUGGUCCAUUUUUGCUCUAUCAUCUUGUGAUGAUAUUUCAGAUUGAUUCAGACUAGGCCAAUUGCAUGUAACCUCAGUUUAUUUGGAAGGACUAUUUCGUCCCUUACAUGACUGCAUACUAUUGGAGAGACUGUCGUCAGCGUCUGCCAUGUUUUUUA